AUCUUAGUAGUAAGAAUGUUGAAAUUGUAGAUCUUAGUAGUAAGGACAUUGAAAUUGAAGAUCUUAGUAGUAAAGCUGUUGAAAUUGUAGAUCUUAGUAGUAAGGACAUUGAAAUUAUAGAUAUAAAUAAGGACAUUGAGGAUAUUAGUGAUGAUAUUGAAUUUAUGGAUAUUAGUGAUGAUAUUGAAUUUAUGGAUAUUAAUGAUGAUAUUGAAUUGAUGGAUAUUAGCAAUGAUAUUGAAAUUAUAGACAUUAGUGAAGUUAUGGACAUUGGCAACGAUAUGGAUAUUAGCGAUAAUUA